GCGAGGGGCGUGUCCUCCCGCAUAUGCAGAUGAGCUGCCGUGACGGACAGCUCGCCUUGCCAAUGUCCCUCCGAAACCCCUUUCCGCACAAACUCCUCGCCUCGCAGACUCCUAUGCCCGCUCCAAAAUCCAAGACUAGUCGCGGGCGCUGUGGGGGAAGCUUGCCUUGUCUCGCUGGAGGGCCAGGAGCUCGGGAAGGAGGGAGAGACGGGGCCAGCCGCGGCCGCUUGCCUGGCCGAGGCUGUUUUUUCCUCCCGCUCCCUUUUAUUUGUUGCCUGCACCCUGCCCGGGUUCGGGAAGACUCCUCCUCCUCCUCCUCCUCCUCCGUCUUCCCGCUCGCUCCUCUUGCCCAGAUGCCCACCACCACCUCCUCUUCCUGCAGCAGCGGGUGACUUCUGCGUGGGAAAGGAGCGCGAGAGAGAGCGCGAGAAAGCGCGCCCCCGCGCGCGCCCAGGAAGAGCGAGCGGCUCCCCUUCAGCCUCGCGCCAAGCCCUCCUUUUGGCUCGAGCUCCUCCUGCCUAUGGAGGGGACGCUGUGAGCUGCUCGGCGGCUGGAGCGACCAGCAGCAGCAGCGCCAGUCGCUGAAGCGCCAGCCGUCCGCCUCUCUGCUCGGUUCAGUCCAGGCCCCCUCCUCCGCUCCUCCUCCAGCCGUUUCUCUUGCCCGCCCGCCCGCUCGCUCGCUCGCUCGCGGCCAGUGGGCCAGCCAUGUCCUACCCUCAGGGCUACCUCUACCAACCCCCGGGCUCACUGGCGCUCUACUCUUGCCCGGCUUACGGGGCGUCGGCGCUGGCGGCGCCCAGGAGCGAAGAGCUGGCCAGGUCGUCUUCGGGCUCGGCGUUCAGCCCCUAUCCCGGAUCCGCGGCGUUCACUGCCCAAGCGGCAGCCACCGGCUUCAGCAGCCCGCUCCAGUACUCCACAGACCCGGCCACGGGAUUCCCCUCCUACAUGGGCUCUCCUUACGAUGCCCACACAACAGGCAUGAGUGGGGCCAUCAGCUACCACCCCUACGGCAGCCCAGCCUACCCCUAUCAGCUGAACGACCCCGCUUAUCGGAAGAACGCCACGCGAGACGCCACCGCCACGCUGAAGGCCUGGCUGCAGGAACACCGCAAGAACCCCUACCCGACCAAGGGGGAGAAGAUCAUGUUGGCCAUCAUCACCAAGAUGACCCUCACGCAGGUCUCCACCUGGUUCGCCAACGCCAGGAGGAGGCUCAAGAAGGAGAACAAGAUGACCUGGGCGCCCCGCAACAAGAGCGAAGACGAAGACGAGGACCUAGAAGGGGACGGCGGCAGCAUCCGGGGAAAAGAAGAGACGUCGUCGGACAAAGUGCGGGACAGCAAUGAAACGUCGGCAGAAGAUGAAGGGAUCAGCUUGCAGGUGGACUCGCUCACAGACCACUCCUGCUCGGCCGAAUCUGACGGCGAGAAGGCCCCUUGUGGGGCUGGCGACCCGCUCUGCGAGUCAGGCUCCGAGUGCAAGGACAAAUACGAGGAGAUCGAAGAGGAGGAAGAGGACGACGUUGAAGAGGAGGACGAUGAUGAUGACGACGACGACGGGGCGGACAGAGUCCUCCCCGCUAAGCCCGUCACCUCGUCUCCUCUCACCGGGGUGGAAGCCCCUCUUCUGGGUCACCCCCAUGGGGAGGACUCCUCCAGGAACGCAAACAAAGCCGCUUUGGACGCCCGGAUGGCCCCGCCGGCAGCUUCGCAGACCACGCAGGCCAGCAAGCCUAAGCUCUGGUCGCUGGCGGAAAUUGCCACCUCGGACCUUAAACAUCCUCACCACCACCACCACCACCACCACCACCACCACAACCUAGGCCAGGGCUGUCAGCCCUCGGUCCCGCCCUCUUCCACCCCGCACAAUGCUGCCUACUCGCCAUCCUCUCUUCUGGGGAGGCAUAUUUAUUAUACGUCGCCUUUUUAUAGCAAUUACACAAACUAUGGGAACUUCAACGCCCUCCAGGGUCAGGGCAUCCUGAGGUACAACUCGGCCACGGUGGCAUCCAGCGAGGGACUAAGUCAGACAGUCUUAAGUAGCGGUGGGGGCAGCUCGGUUCACAAGCAAGACUCGGAGAGCUCUUUGAAAGCCAUCGCUAGCCACCUAGAACAGCAUUACAAGUCCUCCAACUCAGACUCCAAAAAAGACCCCACUGAAGUGUGCACAGUAGGAGUACAACCAUACCUAUAGAAGUGCAGUCACACAGCAGCCAGGCAAGUAAGUGAGACCUGGUUCCCCCCCCUUUUUUUAUUGUUACACCUCUUAGGAGGACCAUUUGGCAUCGACUCCUAAAACAUAUUGCCCAGCCUGCAAAUUUGCUUAAUGUUAAUUUCUUGCUCCAUUACCAAAGAGAAUGAUUACAAAGAAAAGCCUAUUGCGUUUUCACCCUUCUUUGUUUUUUGAAAAAUCCGAUCAGUUGUUUCACACAUCCUCCCCACUGACUCUUUUUUUAAAUCACGUGUUUUUAAUGAAUAUGUACGUUGCAGUAUUUUAUCAUUUUACCAAGUUAUUCUUUGCAAAUUAAGCUUGCAAUAGACUGGGAUGUUUUUCUAGACGGGACCCCAUUGAAAUACAUGGGGGAACAGUUCUGUGUUCUUUUUGGAAGCCAGCCAGAAUUCAUCUCAUUGUUCCUCUGCACUGUCUGAAAUGUAUAUAAGUAUAACAAAAAAAGGACAUGGUUGCACCGAUUCAUUACAUUGGGUAGUGAACGGAAGAUUUUCCUGCUCCCAUGUACCUUAACAUAUCUAUACAAACACGCAGUUCUAAUAAUUGUGAAUCAAAAUAAUAAGUUAUUUUAUUUGGUAUGCUUAUAUACAUUUCAAACAGCAGAGAAGGACAAUGAGAUGAAUCAUGGCUGGCUUCCAAGGAGAACAUAUAGUGUCUGUAUGAGUUGCCUCUGUUUCUCCAUUUAUUUCCAAAUAGCUGCUAUAGUUUGGAUUAAGCAAAAUCUUGUGACCAACUAUUUCCCACUCCUUAAACAAACAAACACAAAACCCCAAGCCUAAUCUUUCUAUGCUGGGAAAAAAGGGUUUUAGUUUGUCUUCGAUCUUUAACACUCCACAUGUAAAUGAAAGAUUGUGGAUGAUCUGGUGUUUUCCUUGGUCCACAGGUAGGUGUCACAAUUGCUUUGAGAAAAGUCAACAAGCCAUCAUCACUCCCCAAGCUAAUCUAUCUAUCUCUAUAUUUCUAACAAAAUUCUAAAUCCGGAUCACGUCUUGUGCCACUGUAUAAAUGAAGACGACAGAGCACUAUUAAAUCUACAGACACUCUCUAAUUGUUAAACCAGAAUUUUGUUGGACAUUAUGUGAGUUUGCUGGUAUAGUCUAGUUUCCCCCCAAUGUAUAUGUGACUUCUAAAAAGAAAGAAAGCAAGUCUGUUUUUUCUCAGGAUAUCUCGAAUUGAUCAGUUCAUUGCCACGGUAUAUAUCUAUCUAUAUUCUGUAGGUGUGAUAGGAUUUAUUGUACAAACUCUUUGUAAAAGAUACAUACAGUAGUGAUUAAUUAAAGAAACAAUGACUGAAGAAUUCAGUACUUACAGAGUGGAAACAAAUUUGAUAUUUAUUUUUGUAAUGAUAUAAGAGCUAGUAAUUUAUGCAAGUUGUAUUGCAAUGGAAUCUCAACUCUUUUGUAAAUAAAUUAUGCCUGGUUUUUAUUUGAGACAUUGAUGGUUAUACAA